AUCUCAUUUGCUCAAAACUAACCCCAAAUCAAAGCUCAUGUAGUUCAUUUGGUCUUCGCAUCUUACGGUACGCGAAAGAUCGCACGCCUCCACACUAUCUGUUUAGGCACCACUUCGACGUUAGCAUCGGGAUCCCAAUCGGGGGUAAAUGACUGCUGGUGAACAUUCGAGCAACCAUUUCUGCCAUGACUCAAAUCAUCAGUUAUAAAAAGGCACAGCGACUCCCGACAACGAAACAUCGUACAUCUGACUCCUAAGUCUGAUAAGCAAUCACACCAACUACCACAACGUAUCCGAAGAGAAGCAUAAUGACGCCCCUAGUCACCGAAAUCGCGCUCCUGCGACUAAAAUCUAAUCCUCCCUCCGCAUCAUUCAAAGCACUCCUCCUCGAAGGCAUCAAAGCGCAAGCCAAAUUCUCCUCGUACCCGGUUUAUCCCUUCUCCCAAGUCGAGGAUCCCUCGCUCAUCUACCUCGUCGGAGGAUGGGACUCGGCGCAACAACACUACGAGGAUUGGAUUCCCUCGGCUACAAAUCAGGGGAUCAUGGAACAGCUCUCGAGUGAGAUGGAGCUGGUGUGGAUGUUCCAUGUGGAUGGUGAUGCGGCGCGACUGGGGGAGUUACUGGGCGAAGCACCUGUUGUUGCUGUGGGGCGGUAUUUCAUGAGCGCUGAGAAGAAAGAGAGGUUUAGCCGGGUUUUCGAGGGGGUGCAGCGUCAUCUGGAGGAGGUUACGAAGGCGUUGCCUAUCUUCAAGGGGUGGAGGGUUGAGAAGGAGGAGGGAAAGGAAGAGUUUGUGCUGUUUAGUGGGUGGACGGAAAUGCAGCAGCAUCUCGACUUUGCCCAGUUAGACGGAUUCCAUGAGUUCUCGAAGAUAAAGGAGUAUACGGACUCCUCGGAGGUCAAGCAUAUUGUUCGAUGGGAGUGUGAGUGAGUGUGAACAUCCGUUGACAUCAUUAGUUCAUUUCUCAUGAGGUUAUGUAUGUAUGUAUGCAGAACGCCGUAAUCCACAGCAAAA